AUGGCAGCUGUUCUGGAAACCACUCCAGAUGGCUUUCUGGCAAACUCUACUCGACUGGAACAAGAUGGUCUCUUGGACCAAGUGCAAAAGCUCGUCACGGGUUAUCUUGCAGGUUGGAGCAAUUCACAAAUUGCAGUCACUGUCUUGUUGAUUCUAGUCUCCUAUGAUCAAUAUCGAUACAUCAAGCAAAAGGGCUCCAUAGCCGGUCCUGCAUUCAAGAUCCCAUUCAUGGGACCAUUUCUUCAAGCGAUACAUCCUAAAUUCGAUGCUUACCUGACUCAAUGGGCUAGCGGACCUCUAAGUUGCGUCUCUGUUUUCCACAAAUUCGUUGUCCUCGCCUCGGACCGUGAUCUCGCCCACAAGGUCUUCAAAUCACCGACAUUUGCCAAACCAUGCCUGGUUCCCAUUGCAACCUCGAUCAUGAAGCCCACGGCAUGGGUCUUUCUCACCGGCAAGGCCCACGCCGAAUACCGUCGCGGCUUGUCUGGGUUGUUCACAAACAAGGCCCUGAGUACCUACCUCCCGGUGCAGGAAAGAGUGUACGGCGACUACUUUGAACGGUUCGUGGCGGCCAGUGCGGCCAACGGCGGCAAGCCCACAGCCUUCAUGGGCCACUUUAGGGAGAUCAAUUGCGCCCUAUCCUGCCGCACCUUUUUCGGCGACUAUAUCUCGCAGGCGGCUAUCAAGCGCAUUGCCGACGACUUCUAUCUCGUCACGGCAGCCCUCGAACUCGUCAAUGUCCCGCUGUCCAUGUACGUGCCUUUCACCAAGCCCUGGCGCGGCAAGCGAACGGCCGACGCUGUGCAGGCCGAGUUCACCAGGUGUGCCGCGGCCUGCAAGGCCAACAUGGCCUCGGGCGCCAAGCCGACUUGCAUCGUUGACCAAUGGGUUAUGCACAUGAUGGAGUCGCAGCGGUAUCGCGACCGGCUGGCUGCCGGCGAGUCUGUGCCUGACGAGGAGAAGCCGGGGAAUUUGAUCCGCGACUUCACCGACACGGAGAUUGGCCAGACCAUGUUCACCUUCCUCUUUGCCUCCCAGGACGCUUCGAGCAGUUCCACGACUUGGCUGUUCCAGGUGCUCGCCCAGCGGCCCGACGUGCUGGACCGCCUGCGCGCCGAGAACCUGGCCGCCCGCGGCGGCGACAGCACCCGGCCCCUGGACCUGGCCAUGUACGAGUCCCUGACUUACACCAACGCCGUGGUCAAGGAGCUGCUGCGGCACCGGCCGCCCGUCAUCUUUGUGCCCUACCUCGCGACGCGCGACUUCCCCGUGACGCCGACUUACACGGUCCCCAAGGGCGCCAUGAUCGUGCCGUCGUGCUACCCGGCGCUGCACGACCCGGCCGUCUACCCGGACCCCGACCGCUUCGACCCCGACCGCUGGAUCACGGGCGACGCGGCCCGCCACACCAAGAACUGGCUCGUGUUUGGCGCCGGUGCCCACGACUGCCUGGCCCGGAGCUAUGUGCCGCUCACCAUGGCGCACAUGAUUGGCAAGGCCGCGCUCGAGGUCGACUGGGUGCACCACCCCACCCCGCGGUCCGAGGAGAUAAGAGUGUUCGCUACUCUCUUUCCCAUGGAUGAAUGUCAGCUUGUCUUUACUAAGCGCAAGUGA